GUGGAGGAUUAUAUGAUGAUUCAAUAAAGAUAGGAAGAUGGAAUGAAUUAAUUAAUAAUUUCGGAGGUGGACAAGGAUAAUCAUAAAUAGCUUACGCUGGUGAAUAUUAUAAUGACAAAAAAAUUGGUAGAUGGAAUAUUUUGUAUUAGGAAUAUUGGGAAAAGAACUUUUAAAUAGUGUAAGAUUUAAAAAAUCAAAUUAUUUAGUGGUGGUGGAUUGUAUAAUGAUUUAGGUUCAAUUAAAAUUGGGAAUUGGAUUGAAGUGAGUGAAAAUUUUGGGAGUAGACGAGGAUAAUCAUUUGUCACUUAUCAUGGUGAAUAUAAAAAUAAUAAAAAGGUUGGUAAAUGGGAUAUUUGGUAUAAAUAAUUUAACAACAGAUGGGAUUCAGAAUAAAUGUACAUUGUAAUAAAAAAAUUAUUUAGUGGUGGGGGAUUAUAUGAUCAAGAAGGAUUUUUUAAAAUAGGUUUGUGGAUUGAGGUAGGUGAUGGCUUUGAAAUGAAUUUGUAAAUAAUUUAAAGAGGUUAUUAUUAAAACGAUGAAAAAGUUGGUAGAUGGGAUAUUUUGUAUAGAGAAUGGGGAAGUGAAAAGUUUGAGAAUAUGUAAAAUUAAAAAACCUUUAUUUUAGUGGUGGUGGAUCAUACAGUGAAGGGGGUUCAUUUAAGAUUGGAAAGUGGAUUGAGUUAGUUGAUGGUUCCCUUGUCUCUUAUAUAUGUGAAUAUAAAGAUGGUAAAGUAAUUAGUAUGUAAAAAUGAAUAUGAGGAAAAUAAGAAUAUAGUGAUAUUUGAUAAUAUAAUUUAAUAAAUAUUCGAAUAAAAUACAUGAGUUGAGAAAGAAUUAUACAGGAG